AUGUUAGCAAAAAUGGGCAACCUUCAGCACCACUUCGGCAGGAAGGGCAAGCCUACUGCCGAUUCCGCCAUUUGCCAUUUGUGCCGCGCUGGGGCCACUGACAUACCCUACGAAGAGUAUGAUGUUAAUGCUGCAUGGUAUGAUUCUUACCUUCAAACGAGGCCAUGGUGUCGCCCACCUCCAUUUUCAAGAUUGCCAUUACUUCCCGAAGAGGAGCUAUUCUUUCAGUUCGAUGUAUUUCAUGUGAUGCACAAGGGCAUUGUUGCUGAAUUUGUGGGCUCAGCCAUCGUCACCUUGUUGGACAAGGGCUGCGUUGGCGACGGUGAUGUGCUGACCCGCUUGGAGAGGAUAUAUGAUGAACUUUCCUGUUUCUGUAAAAGAGAGGGGCUUCCCCUACACAUGACAGGGCUCACGCGCCACCUUCUGAGUUUUUCCAAAGAUGCUGACUACCCAUGUGGGACAUGGUUCAAAGGAGCUGACACCUACUCGGUGGCGAAGUGGGUGGAGCACAAGUUCAGGGAUCUGGAUGCCCCUUCUUGGGAUGAAUACCGCCAAAGCAUUUAUGAGACCGCGAAACAUGCAAAUGAUUUUCUGGGCAAACUGUAUCGGAAUGGUUUGUGGCUACAACCUUUCGUUGUUGGACCAGUUAUCCGGAGUGGGAUGGGCUUCCUACAAGAGUACCGGGUCUGUGCUCAAUUUGCUUUUGAGGACAACAAAUGUCGCUACAAAAUCCCUCCAAAAUACCAUGCCUUCUGUCACAUCACCCACACUUUGAUUGAGCAGCUGGGUAGGGUGGGGUCGCGUGAGCUAGAGUCAAACUUGCCUUGCGUGAUUUCACCGCUGGCAUGGGGCUGUCAGUUGGACGAAGACUUUGUUGGGCAGAUAAGUGCCCUUUCCAGAACCAGCAAUUUGAAUGGUGCCCAUGAGAGGGUCAUGAACCUUUACCUCUUGAACCUUCCUAAGUAUUGGUGA